UUGGCGAGGUAUCGGAAGUGACGUAUUUUUGUGAUGUCCUGUGGGCUGUUUUUUCGAAUUCGAAGUCGCAAGAGAGGAGGAGGAGGCCGCGUCGAGUAUGGCGGACGGUGUGGAUCACAUAGAUAUCUACGCGGACGUCGAAGAGGAAUUUAGCCAGGAAGCAGACUACAAUGUCCACGAGCAGAUAGACCUGUACGAUGACGUCAUCUCGCCCUCUGCCAACAACGGGGACGCCCCGGAGGACCGGGACUACCUGGACAACCUCCCCGCUCCUGUGGGCAGCGAGGGGGGCAAAGGCGCCCCGCCCAAUGUGGUCUACACCUACACGGGCAAGAGGAUCGCCCUGUACAUCGGAAACCUCACAUGGUGGACUACUGAUGAGGACUUGACUGACGCCAUUCGCUCGGUUGGUAUUAACGACGUGCUGGAGAUAAAGUUCUUUGAGAACCGGGCCAACGGCCAGUCCAAAGGGUUUGCCCUGGUGUGCGUGGGGUCGGAGUCGUCCUCCCGGAAGCUUCUGGAGCUCUUGUCCAAGCGGGAGCUCCACGGGCAGAACCCCAUCGUGACCCCCUGCAACAAGCAGUCGCUCAGCCAGUUCGAGAUGCAGUCCAGGAAGAUUGGUCCAGGCACGCAGUCGGGACAGAUGUCCGGAGAGGGCAAGGCCGGCCCUCCGGGCGUAGGCCCCCGCGGGUUCCCCCUCGGGAGGGGGAGGGGUCGGUUCCCGGGCCCUGGCGGCGACCGGUUUCCCGGCCCUGUGGGUCCAGGUGGGCCACCCCCACAUUUUCCAGGGUCUGGGAUGAGGCCCUCGGAGCUCAUUAGGCACCAGGACAGCCAUCUGAUGGAAAUGAAUUUCAAUUGCUUCCAGCCAGGGCGGGAUGGGAACUGGCGACCCAGAGGUGGCCUUCAAGGACCUCCACGGCCCCCACCGGGCCCCCCCGGGCCCCCAGGUCCGCCUGGCCCUCCCCCGCCCGGACAGGGUCUCCCCCCGCCCCUCUCUGUGCCCCCGAACCGAGGGGACCGCCCCCCGCCUCCGGUCAUGUUCUCGGGCCAGUUCGGCCAGCCCCCCAUGGGUCCCAUCCCCCCCGGCCCCCCUCCCCCCGUCCCGGGCUACGGCCCCCCUCCCCCGCAGCAGGGCCCCCCUCCGCCCGGCCCCUUCCCUCCCCGCCCCCCCGGUCCCAUCGGCCCGCCCCUCGCCCUGGCCCCCCCCCCACAUGCCGGGCCCUCCCCCGGAGGCCCGCCCCCUGCCCCCCAUGUCAACCCCGCCUUCUUCCCGCCGCCCGGAAACAGCAACCUGCCCUCGUCCGAUGGGCGGGGCCCCCCCUCCAACGACCCGUACGGGCGCCCGCCUCCGUACGACAGGGGGGAGUACGGUCCCGGGGGCCGGGAGAUGGACGCCGCUCGGACCCCUCUCAGCGAAGCGGAGUUCGAGGAGAUCAUGAACCGCAACCGGGCCAUCUCCAGCAGCGCCAUCUCCAGGGCGGUGUCGGACGCCAGCGCGGCUGAUUACGGGAGUGCGAUCGAGACGCUGGUCACGGCGAUCUCGCUCAUCAAGCAGUCGAAGGUGUCGGCGGACGAUCGCUGCAAAGUCCUGAUCAGCUCCCUGCAGGACUGCCUGCACGGGAUCGAGUCCAAGUCUUAUGGCUCCGCCUCCAGGAGGGAGCGGUCCAGGGAGAGGGACCACAGCCGCUCCCGGGAGAAGAGCCGGCGCCACAAGUCGCGCAGCCGCGACCGCCACGAGGACUACUACCGCGAGCGCAGCCGCGAGCGCGAGCGGCACCGCGAGAGGGACCGCGACCGGGAGCGGGACCGCGACCGCGAGAGGGAGUACCGCCACCGCUAGGCCAGCUGACGGAAGAGGAGGGACCGGGACCCCGCCGGUCUCCACGGUAACGAACGUCGUCAGGGAAACAGCCCAACCCUUCACCUUCGCCCCAGCCCCGCCCCCCGGAAGGAGCUGCUGUUCGCGGCGCACGGAUCUGGUUCACGCUGAGCCGCGGUAGACUGUAUCAGGUCCUGCAUUCAUGGUAAAAAAAAGAAAAAAAGCAAACAAAAAAACAAAACAAUCCCAUGGCUCUUUUUAUUUUCAUCACUGGUAACCAUUUUAUUUGUUAGGAAUGACAACCUGUGCGAUUAAAAAAGAAAAAAGAAAAAAUUUGGCUUUGCAAAAACCUAAGAACAGUAAGUCUACCAGAAUUGUUCGUCCCGCCAGAAAACGCAAAACUCUUUUUUUAUGGCUAUAGCGUGUAAUUUGUGAUUAGAAAUGUUUUUAUAGGGAUUUUUUUUUUUCCUUUCUUUUCCUAUUCCCCAUUGUAGCGUCCUCGUUUGGACGAUGUGUGUAAACGUCGCUGCUUUGAUUAUUAACAGGAUAGAUUGUGUUGUAAUAAAAUCUUUUGCGUGGGCUGAAGGGCCUCACUUCUACGUCGCAUUCCUCCCCUGGCCUGGCCCUGCUUUCACUCGUGCUAAAUCUGUCCCCGCUUUCAGUCUCUCCUUUAGAAGGCUUUCGUUUUUAAACUGGUCCAGCCUUGGUUGGCAGAAGGUAAUAUGGUCUGUGUUCAGAAACACUUUUGCAGAUUCUUUUCUUUUUCUUUUGUUUAAAGUUUUUUUAUUUUCCUGUUUGUUUACUUACGUGACUGAACCUUUCUUUUUUUUUUUUUUUACAUUGAAAAGAUACUGAUAUGCAAAAUUAUCUCUGCUUGAUACCAGAAUUGUUGCACAUUCAAGUAAGUUUGGUACCCAACUAAGCUCCCCUAGUCCUUGAAUUAGGAGUGCGGUUCAGCUGCUCAAAGGCACUCUUCGCAGGUGUCCCAGGUGAGAUGCUACGGUUGUGCCUUUGAGUAGACUGUUCGACGUACGCACCAUCAGUAAGUAUGCAGCCAAUCCAUCCGCACAUGGUGUAUAUUCUCUGCAGGUUUCCUGGCUACUGUGAGCCGCUGAUAUGGUAAACUGCAUCGUUGUGGUUUUGAACAGUUCAAGAAAAAAAAAAAAAAAUUAAAAGUUUUUAGCAGCUUGUAUCAUUAAGCCUGGUGUUACGUGUCCUUAGGCCGAGAGACUAAAUGUCUAGGGACGGUAGAUAUUUGGCACAGCUGAACACAGACUAUCAGAAAGCAGGGGGCUGUUCUAAAGUAAAUGUCAUUUUCGACCCUAAAUGUCAGUGGUAUGGUCUUCAGUGAUCUUUUGUUUUUUGUUUUUCUUUUUUGUUUUUUUGGUUUAAUUUGAAAGGCUGUCACACAUUUUAUUAAGUUCACAUACACAUUUUGACUUAUGUUAAAAAAAAAAAAAAAAAAUGGAUCAAAGCAAGCCGACUGAACAUCAUGAUUUUUUUAAAAGAUAACCCGUGACGUGGUAGCGUUGUCUUAAAUGAUUGUGGUCAUGUUGAGUAUCUGGAGGUAGUGAUAACUACAAUUUAGGCUUUAUGACCAGUUUGGAAGUUAAAAAUCGAUUGUCUUGUACCCAUUAAAGUUGGACUUGUCUGUCUGCACAGUUCCUGGGCAUGCUAUUUUUCAGUGGAGUCAAAAGUUGAUGUUGUACAGCUUGUUGUGAAUGUCGUUCUAGCAGUAAGUCGUGAUGGUCCCAGGUGUUAAGUCUUCAUAACGGAAUAUGAAUAAAUGUCAUGCUUGUUUCAGGAAGACUAACAGUUAUAAAAACAUGUGAUCACUCAGUGUCUAUAAGAUAAAAAGAUGUGUUUCAGGCACACAUAUGGGGGCUAUGGAAUUACAUGCAAAUAUGGACUCAUUUCAUGUGUUAAAUAAUAACUUCUGAAUAAUGGGUUUAAAAUGUGGAUAUUUUGUGACAAAGUAAAUGCAAGAGAAUCGAUUGGGCAAUUCAAAUGAUAAUCCACCUGUAAGCAAACUUCUCUGUUCACACUCAACUUAAUGUCCCUGGGGUUACUUUCAAAAUGCUCAAUUUUUUAUGAAUACACGCUUUGAAAAUGUGAUGUUUUAAGCACCCGAUAGAAUAUAGGUUGAAUGACGGCGGAAUGGUACUGCUAAUUAUUUUUGAGGGGGGGAAAAGUAAAAAAUAAAAUCUGUUCACUAUAAAGAUGGGUAAGGGACCUGUGGAGACAGAAUGUGCUCGGGCUUAGCAUUACUGCAUUGGUCCAGACCUCCCACAGCCACAUAAGGUUAUCUGCAGCCUAAUCUUGUAAUUGUGUUCUUACCGUUUUCAUUCCCAUGAUGCACCAGGAAGGUAGAUUGAAGAUGGAGAAAUGUCUGCUCUUCGGUUGGUUGACGUAUCUAGGAUAUUGUGCAAUUAAACCUGUCCUAGUUUAAUAGCUCUGUCAUAGCUAGGUGGUCAGAAUAUUUAUAGGUGCUGCUAACACCUUUAUUUUUUUAGGCAUUAAUUCAUUCUCUGCUUCCCGCAUGGGAAUCGUCACCUGGAAUUUCUGUCUAUGCAGACAAAUUUGGCAGAGUUGCAAAUGAUGUCUUUCGCUGCUUGGGCUAUUUGACUAUUUCACUAGCAGGAUAACUAGACUUUAACUGUAAUUGUCUGAAGUUGGCUGUGGCCAUCACAGAGUAAACGGUAACAUUGUACGUUUUCGGCAGGUCAUAAGCAUGCAUUUUCAUUGGCUAUCUUCAGGAAAGAUUAAAGAUAAAUACCUUCUUCCGUAGAGAAUCUAAGAGCAGUCAUUUCUCCAGACAGAACAGGUUCAAAUUUUCUGUAUGUUUUUUAAAAAAUAUAUCAAUCUUGGGUUGUCCUUGCACGGGCUGUAACAGUGGAAAAUGUUGCGAUAAACAAUACCUGUGGCUCAGGAGGAUUAAUAGUGUGCCCUCUUGCCGUCAUUCUGAAAGGUUCAGCUAGGGCGUCCAUCCCUAUUGUGAAGGUUAUGGGUGUUACCACUGUUGGUGUCAGUAAUGAAAAAUAAAAUGUGCAUUGGGUAAUUGCUAAGAAACAGAGGGUUUAUGAUCCUAUUUCACUGCUGUGGGCAGUGUUAAAAAUAUUCAAGACAACAUUCUUUUUUUUAGCGUGGCAUUAAGAAAAGCUAAACUGGGAAAGAGCACUUUUCUUUCAUCCACAAAAUGCUUAAAGUUGUUCAACCAAAAACUGUUUUACACCUCCAUUUUGUAAAUAGAACCAAAAUGGCCGAAUGGCGUCGUCAAUUUCUAUUCCGUUCAGCUGUACAUAUGGAAAGUAAAUCCAUUUGCUUCUUCUCAAUUUUUCUUAAAGGGAUCCUUCAGGUUGCUGAUUUUUUUUUUUAUCUUCUUGACGUGAUGCUCUUUCUUUAGGUCUUUAGGUUGAAAUUGGCACCAGGAGGGUCAGGAAUGUUUUUAAAUACACACUGUCCUGUAUUAAAUGUCCUCAAUAAACUACUUUUUACUAACUAAUCAUUUUGAAAUCACUGCAAGCCUUUAUGACCUCUGUGUUUCCCCGCUACCCUCAAAAUGUUGGUGUUAGAUCUUCUCAAAAUAGCUGUGACCGGCAACCUGUGAAUGCUUUCAAUUGGUCUGAUAAUUUUAAAAAAAUUUUUUUUUUUUUUUUUUUUUUUUAGAAAUUGUGUUUGUGAAGGUUUAUUUCAGAAUUUGCCAUUAAGACAUGUAGUGUUUACAGAUGUAUUGUAUUUUUGUCUUUGCAAGUUUAAAUGUGUAAUAUAAAUUUGAAAAGGUGUUUGAUUGCAGCACUUUCGAGCAUUCCUCUUGCUCAAAGAGGUUCAUCUUCCAGGUAAGUGUGGUUUAAAAAAAAAAAAAAUUAAAAAAGUACAGUUCUGGGGGGGGAAAAAAGUUUUUGACCUAAAUUUUGAUCUUAAAGUCUUUGCUUCUAAUACCAAUUAAUGUAUUAUACCAUUUAAUAAUCAUCAUUUUUGGUUCUUGAAUAUUUGGUGGAUUCACAACAAAAUGAAAAUUUCAGACUAUUUGGUGGAUUUAGCCAUUUCUAGAUUCUUGAUGAUGACUAGCUUGGAGAGUCCAGCAAAACACUUUCACCUGGUGUUAAUUUUCAAUUAUUGUCCUUGAAUAUUCAUAUUUGCUCAAAGCCUCGACCGGGCUUGCAUGCCUGAAAGUAGUCAUUUUGAGGUCCAGUCAUCCUGCCGAAGCAUGGCAGAGAAAUCUCAUGACUAGUACUACAUAGGUCAAAGGUCAUUGGUUUUAAUGCAUUUAGACUACCUCAAGUUGUUCCUCUAUUAAAAGGAAUGACGUUUUUAAAUUGUUGGCAUGCAUUACCAUGGUCACUCUUAGGCCCCUAUUGAUGAAUGCUGUUUUGUGCAGUUUAGAUACCCAAGUCAUCAGGUGUUUGUUUGCUUGGAUUUUCUUUUUUUUAAACAAUAAAGUGAUUUAAAAAU